UGAAAGCCCAAGUCUGCAUGUCUGCAACCGACAACUAUUUCCUCAACUCUCUCACUCUGUCUUUCUCAAAGCUAGAUUGGCCUGAUCUCAUCCUAAUUGUACUCCAAUAAUCUCUUACUCUUAAGAUAUUUCCACUUGCUCCACUUCACAAAUCUCAAGCUCCCUCAGUACCCCAACCCAAACCCCACUCUCUCUCUUUGUGAAGCGGAAGGCGGCCAAGAUGGGAUCAGUCUCGCUGAAAAUAGGAGAUGGAACUGCCAGAUUCAAGAGAGCAACUGUGUGCUCCUCAGCAGUCAACAUUCUUAUGAUCUUCUCUGUUAUCUCCACUAAUCUUUUUGCUCUCUAUGCCUUCACAUCCUCGCCCAAACAUCAUCAAAAUCAUAUCUUUCACAAUACCCACAAGAACAUCUCUCUAAUCUCUGAACAAGUCUCUCUAAUCCUAAGAGAGAUUGAUUCUUCCCAAAAAAAACUUGCAAAGAUGGAAAAGGAGCUCCUGGGCUACGAAACCAUCGAUAUUUCAAGACCCAAUAUUGCAAAUGAGCUCAAAAUUUUUCUACAACAUCACCAGCUGCCUCUUGGUAAAGAUUCAAGAACUGGGAUUACUGAAAUGGUGGCAUCUGUGGGGCAUUCUUGUGAGAAAUCUGCAGAUUUGUUGUCUCAGUACAUGACUUACAAGGUCUCUGGGCCUUGUCCUGAUGACUGGAGCCUUGGCCAGAAGCUGAUUUUGCGUGGAUGCGAGCCUUUGCCUAGAAGGAGAUGCUUUGCCAAGCCUGUUCCCAAGGUGGGUCUUUCUCCUUUUCCUAUUUCUUUAUGGAAGCCUGUUAGUGAAAAGAUACUAACUUGGAGUGGUCUUGGUUGCAAGAAUUUUGAGUGCUUAAAUAAAAAGAAAUUGAGUAGGGAAUGUGUUGGUUGCUUUGAUUUGGCUAAUGGAUAUGAAAAUCAAAAGUUUGUUAAGGCUAAAAGCAAGAGUGAUUUUCUUAUUGAUGAUGUGUUAGCUUUAGCAAGUGGAGGAAUUAGAAUAGGAUUUGAUAUUGGUGGUGGGUCAGGCACCUUUGCUGCUAGAAUGGCAGAGAGAAAUGUGACUGUGAUCACUAACACUCUGAACAUUGAUGCUCCAUUUAGUGAAUUCAUUGCAGCAAGAGGGCUUUUCCCUUUGUACUUGAGCCUAGAUCAUAGGUUCCCUUUCUAUGAUAAUGUCUUUGAUUUGGUCCACGCAUCUAGUGGACUGGAUGUGGGGGGCAAACCUGAAAAAUUGGAGUUCUUAAUGUUUGACAUUGAUCGCAUUUUGAGAGCUGGUGGAUUGUUUUGGUUGGAUAGCUUGUAUUGCACUGAUGAGGAGAAGAAGAGGACUUUAACUCGAUUGAUAGAGAGGUUUGGGUAUAAAAAGCUGAAAUGGGUUGUGGGAGAGAAGGCAGAUGCAGCUAAUUCAGGAAAAUCUGAUGUUUAUUUGUCAGCAGUGCUGCAAAAGCCAGCAAGAGUGUGAUGAUUAUGGUUUUCACAGGAAACUGCAAGAGGUAAGAAUGUCACUCACAUUUCUAGCUUUUUUGUCUACACAGAAUUUGUGUGAGUUCAUUGCCUCAAACGUCAACAUUAAUUUUGUUUCUAGGUGCAGUAAGUUCAUCAAUUGUUUCUUUUCUCAACUGCAAACAAGCAGUUGUGCAAAGUGAUAUAUCUUUUGUGUAAUUUACUAAUUUAAGAGAACUUUGUCUUUUAUUGUGUAUUCUACUUGAUUUUACUUAUCCAAGCUGAAGUAAAUGUUAGGAAAUGGAAAAAUUUAGUGUA